CAUUGGCUAUCUUCAAAGCGUAUUGUUCACUUGAACAUACUAGUUAGUUACGUGGCAACAAGUCCAGGAACUAAAAUAAAACACUUUACCAAAACAACAAUCAGAGGGAAAAUAAAUGGAUAAACGUUUCGUCUUCCUACUGCUGCUGAAAAUUUUUUAGUGCGUUAUGAUUUUGAUAACUGGAGCAGCAAUCUCUAUGUUUUGAAGAAGAAAACCGAGCAAGUUGUGUUUUGGAGAGGGAGACGAUCCUGUUUCCAUUUCCACUUGCAAAGCUUUGUAAACCGAAUCAACACCAACAAGAAGCUUCCAUCUUCUCUAUCUGUGAACCAAGCAAGGAUUGUAUGCUAUAGGCUAUAGCCGUAGUAGAUUUUGAUAGUGAAAAUGGUGAGAUUUGUAAAGAUCAAUUAGCUUAAUACAACUCCUCUGUGCAAGGAUUCUUUUGAAUGCUAUAGCCAUGGUAUAUUUUGAUCCAGAAAAUGGUUUUGCUCAAUACAGCACCUCUGUUGCAAGGUGAGUACAUAUUCAUGUGCUAUGUUUGAGUUAAAAUUCAAUUGUCUCGGUGCUGAUUCGUUUCAUCAGAAUAAAAUAUUUUUGGUAACUGGGCUAUUUUUCUACUGUAAUGUUAUUUUUUGCUGUAUAAUAUUUGCUUGUCAUAGUUGUACUUUCUAGUCUCACAUUGCUAAAGUGAGAAAUUUGAUAAGUUUGAAGUUAUAUAUAAAGGAAGCUUAUUCUAUAUUAGAUUUUAUCUUUGCGCUUGGGGCAAUGACGCAGCUAGUGAGGUUCUAACCGAGGCGCGUCUAUUGCUGGUUGAAAACUAUUUCCAAACCCCCUCUAGUCUUGGGUUCAACUCAAGCCUUUGAGAAUUUCUGGAAGGACUCCCUUUGGGGUAAAGUCCUAUAAUUUUAGUUCAAUAUUUAUAUUUGUUCUAAGAAGCCCUGCAGACUAAAAAUUUUAACUUGAAACAAAAUAAAAACUGAGAUAUGAAUGGUAAGAUUUGAUCUCUGUUUAUUUCAUAACAAGAACAAAAGAUGUACAUAUAAAUAAUUGUUUUAAAAAAGAAUCUUGUUGAAGCCAUAAAUCCUUUACCAAUUUCUUGAUAGCUUACAAAAGAAUCCUGUUGAAGACAUAAAGCCUUUACCUUGUUAGUAUACAGACACUAUUCUGUUACGAGGUGAAACCAUUAUUUCUAUGGCAGUUGCAAUUGUAUCUAUUAUUGCUGUGAUAGUUUGUAAAAAUCAAGGGGCAAACUUUGUAUAUUUAGAUUCUAAUGGAGGUGGUGUAAAAACUAGUUGAUUCCUUGCAUGUGAGUAAAUAGAUAGAUACAUACAGCUUACAAAAGUACGAUGCAAUGCAGCUAUAAUAGUGUGCAGUAUGUGAUGCUAAGUCCCGCAUCGUAAUUGUUAGAGUGAAUAGUACGGAACAUGAGGUAUAAAAAAGAACUGUGUGAUACAUUGCAACAUACUUACCUGGAUGGGGUCAAUGGAUGAUCAAUAAGAUCCAUGGCCUAGGCAAGGGACCUCCAUUGCACUUAGGAGGGGUGCUAGCUAAGGUCUACCCAAGUGGUGGAGUCUCCAUCAUAAUUUGUUGCUGUAAUGUUUCUAUUAAAAUUCUAAAUCACUAUAUAGUUAUUGGGAUUUCGGGUCCUUUACUCUUCUGUCUCAGAAUGAUCCAAAAUUGCUAUUAAUAUGAAAGCAAACUACUUUUAGGAGCUUGAAUGUUAAUGUUAGGCUUAGAAGAGGGAAAAGGACCUAAAAGCACAAACAACUAUAAUCUUUCAUGUUCUAUUUGGGAAGAAAGGUAAAUAAUAAAAUGCCAUUCCUUUUUUAGAAAAUCAUGUUUUCUUUUUCUGGGUGUGUUCUCUAAAAAAUUUGUACUUGAUGACGUUAUAAAUUUGUUGCAAAAACAAAAAGGUAAAAACGGUUUGAGUUUGUCAGACUUGUGUUCUGGAGGGCACAGAAUUACAAGCCUAUAGUAUAGAGAAAACCAUAACAGUACUUGGAGUCCAAAGACAUCAAUGGGGCAAGUGAGGGUUUGGUUAAUGUAUCAGAUUCUUGCAGUCAGGAACACUUGUGGAUGAGAAGAUUUCAGAGGAAGAUAUGGAGUUGUCUUCUUCCCAUAGUGAAAUCUGAUGUUUGGCAGUAGCUCAGUGUAGCUCAGUCUGUAUACUCUAUGUGCUUACACAUUUUGGUGAGGGUGUUGUAUAUCUUCUUUCAUUGGUGUUUAUGUUAACAUGUGUGAACCUUUUAACAAAGUUAUUUUAGUAUAUAGAAACAAGCCUACAAUAUCCCUUAUAAAAAGAUUGAAAUUCUAUAUGACCAAUAGGAUUGUUAUACUUUGGGACUUUAUGCCUAAAUAUGAGGGAGUUAUUGACCAAAGAGUUUGUUUUUUUAAUAAGCUAGUGGUCUAUCUUUUUUGUUGUAAAAAACAAUCCGCCAUUAGGCAUAUGUUGAAUGAAAUAUUUAAGAAUUUCAAGAUAUUACAUUCAAAUAUUGACUAUUAAAAAGAGAUAGAAUUGUAGAGAAGAAACUUAAAAAAAGAAGAGAAAAAGAAAAGAAACAAAAAACAAGAGAAGUUUAGUCUACAAAGUUUGGGGUCAAAAUCAAGCAACCAACAAAUGAAAAAAACAACAAAAAUUAUGGCUUCGCCCAGGCUCGAACUGGGGACCUUCAGUGUGUUAGACUGACGUGAUAACCAACUACACCACGAAACCACAUGUUAUUCAACUCACAAUUGCCCAUAUACUAUCCUUAAUAAGUAAAUCAACCAAUUUUCAAAUAUCUCGUAAAGCUGUCACUACUACUAUUGCAGCGUUGCAGGUACUUUUAAUUUGAUUUCAGUUUUGUAACAUUUUUUUAAAUCAAAUACUAUUAUUUUAGUUUCAAAUAUGUUCAGUUUUGUAUAUCUUCUUUCAUUGGUGUUUAUGUUAAACAUGUUAAGUUUAACUGUUUAUCGUACAUAGAUGCAUAUAACACUAAGGUAAAUUCUCUGUCUUCUACAGGAUUGUUUGGUAUGCUAUAGCCAUGGUAGGUUUUGAUCAUGAAAAUGUUAAGUUCUUAUGUAAUGGUCUUCUUAGAAUUGAAAGACACAGUGCAAGCCUAUAGCAUAGAUCCUGUUCAAGUAAGGCCUUGCCUAUUCGUGCUCAGAUUUGGAUACAUAAAUGUUUUAAGUAUUGUUGCGCUUAACCGGUGUGGGUGUAAUAUAAUGGUUCUGUCAUAACUUGUUUGGGUUUAUAUAAAAAAAUGCUUCAAUAAAUACCUUAACCUUUCUAGAUUGUCACCAAGAAAAGCAGCAUUGGUGAUGUUACCAUUUCAGCAAGCAGGCCAGCUUAUCAUGAUUAGUACUAAUAUUUUAUUUUAAGUUGUCAUAUGGAGAUUUUCAUUAAAAAUUCCAUGGUUUUUGCGACGAAAUUUUUGCAGCUCAGAAGAAUUAUGCUUUUGGAUUGAUAUAGUGUUAUGCAGAAUUAAAUUAACUGGUGAUAUGGGUCAGGUUCUAAACAUUUAGUCAUUGUUGUUUAGCAGCAGUUUGAUACACUGAUUUGAAUUGAGCUGUGAGUAGCUGAUGAGUGCGCUAAGCUAGUUGUUAACUAAUGUCCACACGAUACAUUAACCAUAACAGUACUUGUAGUUCAAAGACAUUGAUGGGGCAAAUGAGGGUUUGGUUAACGUGUCAGAUUCUUGCGGAGUGAUUUUUAGAGGCAAAAACCUUUUCACUUAAGGAAAAAAAACCAAUUGAUGGAGCUGUUCAAGCUUAUUCAAGAGUCAAGACACUUGUGGAUGAGAAGAUUUCAGAGGAAUAUAUGGAGUUUUCUUUUUGCACAGUGAAAUCUGAUGUUUGGCAGUAACUAAGUAUGUAUACUCUAUGUGCUUACACACUCGGUGAGGGUGUUGUGCAUCUUCUCUCAUUGGUUUUUAUGUUAAAUAUGUUGAGUCUAAAUGUUUACAGUGCAUGCAUAACACUAAGGUAAAUCCUCUCUAUCUUCUACAGGAUUGUUUGGUAUGCUAAAGCCAGAGUAGAUUUUGAUGAUCAUGAAAAUGGUGAGGUUUUUUAAGAUGGAAAGAUCAAUUAGCUCAAUACACAGCUUCUCUGUUGCAAGGUACAUAUUUUUUUAAAGGAUUGUAGAUUUGUUCCACCUUGUACUUCAUUAUCAGACAAGUCAUGCCGGUCAAGAAGAUUUUUUAUGUUGGCAAAAUGAUAUAAAAUGGCAUUUUGUGCCAAACACUGUGUACUAGUUGACAGACCAUCAUGGUAAUUAAAUGGAUUUGAAGUGUAUAUAAUCUCAAUAGUCAAUUUGUUUCUAAUAUAAACAAAGAGUGUUGUUUUUAAUUUAGAGCUUCUGAGGCAUCUAUAGACAACAGCAGCAAUAAUUUAAUAACAAUUUACAUUUGGUAGAGUAAAAUAAGGGACAAAUUGGUUGUGUAUGCAUGAGUGCCAUGUUAUCUAAGAAGUAUUAAGCAUCACCAAAAUGUAUAAUUAAAACUGAAAUGAUUUGUGUAAUGCGGCAGCAGGGGAGACAGACUAAUUGAUGACUAAUGUGGCCAACACUAGAAAAACAUGCCAACUAUAUUCAUCAUGAACCAUAAACAAAUUUCUAUUUUCAAUAUCAUAAGAAUCUUGUAGAAUAUCACAUGCAAUACCAUAAACAAAUUCACAAUGUUAGAUAAACAAGUAACAAGCUUACCAUAUUCAAAGGAAAAUUCAUGCAUGCACCACAUGCUCUACACUAUGAUUAACAAGUGCCACCUAUUUUAUUUCUUUAAUGAAGGAAACUAAUAAUUAUCAACCGUAGCUCUUAUAUAAAGAGAGAUUCAAGAACUUGGUAACAUCAACAAACAUUGAGUUUUACAGUUAUUAGAAGAAGAAACAACAAACUAAAGAGAAAGAGUUUUACAGUUAUUAGAAGAAGAAACAACAAACUAAAGAGAAAAAUGGAAAACAAGUACCAUGUUCGUUCCAAUAGUUUUCCUUCCCAAUCUCAUCCAAGCUCCACUAGAAUAGAACAAGAGAUAAACAACAUAAAGACUUGGGAAGCCACAUCCACAUCCACAUCUUAUUCUAUUACCACUGGUCUUUCUUUGCUUCAAGAUUUAUAUAUUUCAUUGGAAGAUCUUCUCAAUAUGUCAUCCACGCAAAAUAUUAUUUCUCACCGUCAAGGUGAGAAAUGCGUUGAAGAGUUGUUAGAUGGUUCGGUGAAAAUUUUGGAUGUAUGUGGCAUCGCAAGGGACACCGUGUUACAGAUUAAGGAAAAUGUUGAAUCACUUCACUCUUCUCUUAGAAGAAGAAAGGGAGAUUCAAGCAUUGAAACAAGUGUAGCCGAAUAUAAAUUCUUCACAAAAAAGAUGAAAAAGAAUGUCACAAAGUUGAUCACAUCUUUAAAACAUAUGGAAUGUAAAUUUGGAGCUUCCUCACUUUUGAAUCAAGAUCAAGACUUUGCUGUUGUUGUAAGAGUUCUUAGAGAGGUCAUAGUAAUUAACAUCUCCAUAUUUCAAUCCAUUUUGUCUUUCUUGGUUGGAUCUGCAUCAAAGUCAAAGGCAAACAAAUGGUUUAAAAUGGCUAAAUUAAUGCACCGGAGGGUCGUAUCAUGCGAUGAGAAUUUGGAGAAUUUCAAUGAAUUGGAGUGUGUGGAAGCAUCUUUGAGAACCCUUUCAAGUGAAGGUUGUAAUGUUUCUAAGAGGCAGGAUGCACAUGAAAGAUUGGAAGCUUUGGAGAAUGCAAUUGAAAGAGUAGAAAAUGGUUUGGAGAGUGUAUUUAGGCAUUUGAUUAAAACAAGAGUAUGUCUUUUGAACAUCAUGACUUUAUCAUAGGAUCUUCUAAGAUUGAAAUUUUUUGUAGUCAAUUUGUAUAAAAAUAUAUCAUGUAUACAAUAGAAAUACAAUCAAAUAGAAACAACACAUUUUUGUUCUAUAUUUCUUUCAUACUAUUGAUGGUGUGGGAAGCUUGUUCCUCGUUUUGGCAUAACAAAACAAUCAAAAUUAAGGAAAAAAACAAUGUUCUAUUGAUCACUGUAAUACGAGCAUUAUGACUAAAGGACGGCAUAAGCACAGAAUAAAAAAAAUCAUAUGGCAUCCUCUUAAUAUAAUAAAUGAGUAAAUUCAAAUAAAUAAUCAAAUGAAUAUAUUUGUAAGUUAAAUUCAUUAUGCAUGUACAAAUAUUUAAAAUAUUUUACAAGUUAGAAUGUCGAUGUUCUUCCAACCAUGAAGAACGUUAGAUGGCGUAGAAAAGUGAGGGAACAAAAUUCUAAAGGUCUCAAUUGAGAAGGAGUAAGAAAAUUUAUUGACCAGCAUAUGCGUUUUUUAUUAAGGACCGAGGCUGUUAGGGUUAGUGAAAUUCCCUUAUAGAGUUCACUAAAAAAUAAGGACAUUUUCGAACUUAUAGAGUUCAUUAAAAAAUUCCCUUAAUAUUUGUUAUUUUAUGUAAAACAACUAAUACACUUUGUAAUACACCGUUAACUAAAUUUUCGUUUUCUUACAAUAAUAAUUUUAAAAAAAAAUAUAUUAAAUUAUAAGUAUCAAUAACUUGU